AUGGGUUUCACCGACUUCGUCUCCGACACUGGCCUUACUCGUACGUUCGCCGAAGAAUCCCUCUCCUCUCCUGGGACUUAAGCUAAAGAUCUCAUGCAGUGCUCGACCACUGGACCAAGACUCACAGCUACAUUGUCGGGUAUGUACAACUCGCGUUCUUUUACUCUUCCCUCUUCCCUUACCCUACAUGAUGAGAACGAUUUGGUCCGUGUUGAUGAGCAGCUUAAGACCCUGCAAAUGAGUACUUCCAACGCGCUUUGCGCAACUCUGACUCCUCCGCGCUUCACCUUCUUUGCAAUCAGCUUAGCGAAAGCGACUUUCUCACUGACUGUCCUGUAGCUAUGGCCCUUCCCAGGCCGAUGUCAAGUGCUUCCAGCAGAUCAAGGAGGCACCCAAGGUCGAGAAGUACCCUCACGCCUACCGCUGGUACAAGCACAUUGCCACCUUCGAGCCAGAGUUCUCUCAGCUCCCAGGUGACCCAAGCAAGGCACACACCGCCUACGGCCCAGAGUCCUCCGAGCUCCCCGUGAACCCAGCGAAGGCACCUGAGAAGAAGGAGGAUGACGAGGACGAUGACGAAGUCGACCUUUUCGGCUCCGACGAUGAGGAGGAGGAUGCUGAGGCCGCCAAGAUCCGGGAGCAGAGAUUGGCAGAGUAUGCAGAGAAGAAGAAGGGCAAAUCCAAGCCGGCUGCGAAGUCCAUCGUUACGCUCGAUGUGAAGCCAUGGGGUAUGUUUGAGAGAGAACGAGCUCACAAGGCUCAUGCUAAUCAUGAAUUAUAGACGACGAGACCGACAUGAAGGAACUCGAGCAGUCUGUGCGCAGCAUCGAAAAGGACGGUCUUGUCUGGGGUGCCUCCAAGCUGGUCGCUGUUGGUUUCGGUAUCAAGAAGCUCCAGAUCAACUUGGUGGUCGAGGACGAGAAGAUCUCUCUCGACGAACUGCAGGAGGAGAUCGACGGCUUCGAGGACUACGUUCAGUCCUCCGACAUUGCCGCCAUGCAGAAGUUGUAGACAGCUGCGGCAGGGAGGUCCGAGUCAUGACCGUGCAACUCAAUAGAGGGUACAAGAGAUGACAGACCUUGCAUGGCAUGAUGUGUUAUGAUUCAGGCAUAGACAAUGAUACCAAAAGCAUAACUGCACGUGGCUAUGCAAGAUAAUGAAAUGAACAGUUUUCAUGUGAAGUACCUUACAUUUUCCGACGAGAGGACGUGACGCCGAGAAGCCCAAAUGUGCCAAGCCUGCGGCUCCUUCGACUUCGACUCCUAGCUCGCCUCUGCCGACUGUCCAUGUUCCUUGCCUGCACAACGACCUGACCAACGAAUCGCACGCAGCUAUGGCCCUGACAGCAAACGUGCUCAAUAUCUUGGGCCUGGUCUUCCUGUCGCAUGCGUAUGGUUCCUGCCUAAGACAUAGCAUUGCAGCUAGAAGCUAACAUCCCAUACAGCGUCUACAGCUCAUACGAGCAUUCGCUCCUCCCAUCAGCAUCACAACCGCCUCCACCGAGCUCAAUUCUACCGAGCGUGCUAGAUCCCAAAAUCAACAUACCUCUCGAUAUUGCACUGGAGACGCUUAUCUCGGUCGCGUUGUUAUGCGUUGGGUUGGUGAUGAGCAGCGCGGAACUGAAGCCAAUUCAGUGGAACGUCUGGGCAGGAAGACUGGAGCGAAGUAAAGAGGCUCGAGAGAUCAAGGCAGUCGGUGUUGGUGGUGGGAAUCCGUAUGCGAAUCUGGAAGAGAGGCCCGGGUUUGUGGAUAUUCGAGCCAAGAGGAAGGAGUUUGCGGCUUGGGUCAAAGAGGGCAGUGGAGAGAGUGUGGAGGAGCAGUAGACAAGGCCACGGAGCGAACAUUGACGCGAUCUCCCAGACCCAAUGAGAGCGAUUUCGUUCAUCUAUUGCAACGGCGUGAGUUGGUACACAGAGGCGUCGACAGCGCCAAGGUAGCAGGAGAGACGUGGGCGAGCACUUGAUUGCAGAAGAGCACAGAUGCUGGUCAAUACUUCUUCCGCGUAGCUCAGAUGCCACCGUGAGCUACCGUAUCUGGCACGACCUGGCGCACCUGCCUCGCGGAAACAGUGCAUCGCGCUUUCCUGAGAGGUCGCGUAAUUGUCCAGGCAGCCAUCAGGUGAGCACAUUUCAUCCUUUCGAUUCCAUCCUCGCCUUUGCUCGUCCACUCUCACCUGAUCUUCUUACUUCUUUUCACCUUUCUCUCUUACUGAGCGCUUACCCCUUGCGCUGAUCGAAAUCAUCAGAGCAGCCAUGCAGGCAUACAGUGCGCCUUCAAAGCGGCGCAGAGUCAGUGCUUGCGGCGCGUCUUCGAAAGACGGGCGUGGCCACGCGACCUCCCGGGCAGACGCCUUGUAUUCCAAUAUCCGCUCCGCUAAUAGAUUUGCAACGCCAUCGCGCCAGUCAUCAGACGAGUCCCGAGGCCACGAUGCCCAAACCGGAGCUACUCAACAGAGGUCCUUUCAUCGCCCGGCAGCUUCAGUAGCCUCCAGCAGGACGUUCGCAGGUGACCGUCGCGACCAGCAGCGACAGAAUCACGCAGCAAGCGUUGCGACAACAGAGAUACCUCGUGGCGAUUUUGACGGAGACGGCGAAUUGUCCUACGAGAUUAUCAUGUCUGUCAACGCCACCGAAAGUGGCUCGGUAGGCUGCGCAUACUAUCAAGCGAGCACAGAGACGUUGUAUUUCAUGGAAGAUGUGCCCCUUGGUGGUGCCGAUAUCGUGGACAAUCGUAAGUCCACCAGCGGCUCCCUCAUGCGAUAGUGUUGACCAUGGAGCAGUCAAAUUGUUUAUCGAUCCUACGGUCAUUCUCGCCUCCACUAAAUGUAGUGACGACACGUUGGAGCGCCUAGAUCCUGAAGGCAGAAGUCAGAGAGCAGCUUCUGUCGACGGCAGGACAGAUCCAACUCACUUGCCAUACCUUCUGGAGUGCCGGCCUAAGGCAGAAUAUGGAUAUGAUUCGGCCAAGAAAAAGCUCGUCAAUCUCCGGAUCGGUCAGCCAAAUGGCCCUUCUGUGACUUACGUUGUGCCUGGAGAUGUCGUCGCUAGCGAAAACGAUUACGACCGAGAAGAAGACGGUUUCGCAAGUCAAGCACAGUUGCAUCGCCUGUCUGGAUGGAUCAAUCUGGAGAGUAAGCUCACCGUCGGCUGCGCAGGCGCCCUACUUUCCUACAUCCAACGCAGACGAUCCACUACGUACCUUCCAACAGAUGAAAAUGCACACUCGAUGUUCCGCAUCACCACAUUGCAGAUGUUCAGCUUGAAAGGCUCCAUGUUCAUCAACGCAGACACGCUGUCAUCACUGCAGAUCACCACGACUGAGUCACAUCCCAAUGCCCAACAACAGGGACCUGCUAGUAAGAGUUGGUCCGGAGGCUCGAAGGAAGGUCUGUCCGUUUACGGUCUGUUCCAGCCUUUGGCGAAGACUGCCCAAGGCCGAACACUGCUGAGGCAACUAUUUCUCAGGCCGAGCACCAAUCCCGAUGUCAUCGAUGAGCGUCUGGACACGGUCGCUUGUCUUCUACGUCCCGACAACGUUUCCCAUCUGGAUCGAUUGAGUGUGGAGCUCUCUCGGGUCAAGAAUAUGCGCAUCACUACAAGCAACCUGCGCAAGGGCAUCAGCAGCGGAAAGGAGAGAAACAGAGGAGUAUCAUCAUCUUUGUGGACCAAUUUGAGACAAUUUCUCUUCUCGGCCCUCCAGAUCACAGACGACUUGAGCCAAAUGAAUGGGAACGAUCGGCUGACGAUCUUCUCCAAAGUCGCUGAGAAGUUUGACAAGAGGCAGAUCGCAGCCAUCGGACAAAUGAUCGUCGAAAUGGUGGACUUUGACGAGUCAAAAGCUCAGCGACGCGUCGUCGUAUUGCCGGGGAUCGACCAUGACCUUGACGAAGCCAAGCGAGUGUAUUACGGCAUCGAGGAUAUGUUAUCAGAAGUGGCCUCUCACAUUGCGCAACAGGUGCCAGCCGAGCUCGAAAGCAGGGUAAACGUGAUCUUCUUUCCCCAGAUCGGUUUCCUCAUUUGUAUUGCUCUAGAUGAAGAGUACGCCUCAGCUACUUAUACUGGCACACCCGAAGAUCUAUGGGAGAAGAUGUUUGUGUCAGACACGCACGCGUAUUAUAAGAAUGCCAACAUGACUGAGAUGGACGAGGAGUUCGGCGACAUCUACGGGCGUAUCCUGGACAUGGAAAUCGAGAUUAUACAAGGUCUAUGCCAACGUGUGCUGGAGCAUGAGGAUCUCUUGAACAUGAUUUCCGAUAUCUGUGGCGAGAUUGACAGCCUCGUGGCUUUGGCGCAAGGCGCGAAACAAUACAAUCUGGUUCGGCCACGGAUCCGCCAAGACAACGUGCUGGACAUUCGAGAUGGAAGACACCUUCUCCAGGAGCUGACCGUGCCCUCUUUCAUUCCCAACGACACCUUUCUUGCCGGUGGCGCUGGAAGCGAGCCCGGAGAGUCAGACGAUGCAUAUGCCGAUGAAUUAUCUUCUCGUUCUACCAGCGUUGAUGGUGGCCAGGCGAAAGCUACGCAAAACAAAGCAACGCCGCCAAGCAUGUUGCUGCUGACAGGACCGAACUACUCUGGCAAGAGUGUCUACCUGAAGCAAGUUGCUAUCAUCGUCUACAUGGCGCACAUUGGCAGCUUCGUACCAGCGAAGGCAGCGAAAGUAGGCAUCACGGACAAAAUCAUGACACGGAUCUCCACUCGUGAAACUGUUUCGCGUAUUCAGAGCGCGUUCAUGAUCGAUCUUCAGCAGGCUUCCGUUGCCUUGAAUCUUGCUACGCGCCGCAGUCUGAUCAUUGUCGACGAGUUUGGCAAAGGCACAGAAUCCUACGACGGUGCCGGGUUGGCUGCCGGCGUGUUUGAGUACCUCCUGCAGCGAGGUCCUGAGUGCCCCAAGGUUAUUGGCGCAACUCACUUCCACGAGAUUUUCGAGUCUGGAUUCCUGCCUCCGCGACCUGCGCUCGGAUUUGCUCACAUGGCCGUGAGAAUAGAUGUGGCUGCAUCUGAGGUCAACAGUCAAAUUACUUAUCUAUACAAAUUGAUGCCAACUCGCAACGCAUCGAGCUUCGGAACAGUCUGCGCCAAGAUGAACGGUAUCGAUGAAGAGAUCGUUGACAGAGCAGACGAGCUGAUCUUGUUGGCGGCACGAGGCGAGGAUCUCGUGGAGGCCUGCUCGAAGCUCCCGGAUGCUGAGCUCGAGGAACUGGACGAAGCAGUACGUAUGAAUGGCGUGUUUAUGAAUCCAAUUGUUAUACUGACAGCUUUUAGGAAGAAAUUGCCCGCGACCUCUUAGCGGUCGACAGCUUCGACAAUCCUCGCGCCAUCAUUGAAGAGCUUCUGAAUAUUGGCAGGGUCAAGUCCACUACUGAGGGCGAUUGA